ACAGAGAGAGAAAGAAAGAAAGAGAGAGAGAGAGAGGAUGUUGCGUUCCGCGCUCACAACACAAGUCUGAACAGUGUUUCUUCCAAUCUCGUUUCUUGAGCCAUAACCAUCACCAAAACCGAUGAACCUAUCGUAUUUUCCUGUUUUACCCUUUUCAACCCUCGUAUUUUUUUACACUCAAAACGGGUUUUCUCCCUCCGACUUGUUCGCUUUUUGCACUUUAACAUAUUAUUCACGCAUAUAUAUAUUCCACUUCGUAUUUUCGGCUCUGCUCGCACAUUCUGCUGCUCCAUCGUCUCAUCGCAAUACAAAGCAGUACUUGGGUGCUACCAUUUCUCUGUCUAAACCCUCUCAACUUCCCAACAUACAAUCUUAUUCUCAUCAUCAACACACCCCAUUUCAUGAUCUGGGUGGCUUCGUCUGGAGAGAGAUAAAUGUUGGAUUUUGACAAAUUCCUUGGGUAUAAAAUGUUGCUUCUUUGAGGGGGGUCUCAUGGGUUGAAUUCAGAGAAUCAUGGGUAGCUUCAGCGAAGACGAUGAAUGUCGGUUUUUCGAUGCUCAAGAGGAUGUUUUGUCUAUAGCGGAUGAUGAAGGGGUAUCCAAUGCUUUCGAUUAUGGAUUGUGGAUUCGGAGUCCAAGGAGUGUUAGAGAGCGUAAGGGCAGGUUUAUGAAGAGUAUGGGACUGAGUAGCAUGGAUUUGACUGCCCUAGGAACUGAAAAUUCAGUAGAUGUGGGUAGUGUUCUGUGUGAAGAGGGAAAUGAUAGAGUUGAAUUUACUAGUGGGUCUGUGACCCGAAAUUGUGUUGUGGAAGAAGAAUUCUGUUCAAGCCGGACAUCAAUGUCUUGUUUGCAUAGGGAGGAUUCUUCAGAGGAGCUUGGUUUAGUGGAUAACUCGCCGUGUGGAAAUGAGAAUUUGGAGGGUAAUGUGGAUCAAGAGGGGCUGGAGAGUAGGGAGAUGAGUGAUGGAAGAGAUCUGGAUUCAGAUCGAUUGGUGGUUAUGGCAGAGCCUAAGGAUUCAGGGAAUGGCUUUAGGGAAACGGAUGCCAAUGCUUCUGUUCGGAGGACAAAGGGUUGGUUCAGGAAAUUGCGGUCAAUAUCAUGCAUGGUUAAUAGUCAUGGGGAAGGUGAUUUUGGAAGAGGAGAAGGCCUCGAUGAAAUGCCAGGGUGUAGGCUUCCGAAAGUUAAGGUCCGUCAGUCAAAGAAGCCAAUGAAGGAACUUUCAGCUCUUUACAUGAGGCAAGAUAUCAAAGCUCAUGAAGGUUCAAUUUUGACCAUGAAGUUCAGUCCUGAUGGGCAGUAUCUUGCUAGUGGUGGUGAAGAUGGGGUUGUGCGCUUGUGGCAAGUGGUUGAGGAGGAUAGAUGUAAUGAAGUUGAUAUUCCAGAAAUUGAUCCAUCUUGCAUUUAUUUCACUGUGAAUAAUCUCUCUGAAUUGACACCACUAUUUAUUGAUAAAGAAAAGAUUAGCAAACUGAAGAACCUGAAAAAAACAUCAGAUUCUGCUUGUGUAGUUUUUCCUCCUAAGAUCUUCCGGUUGUUGGAGAAACCAUUGCGUGAAUUUCAUGGGCAUAGAGGUGAAGUUUUGGAUCUCUCUUGGUCAAACAAUAAUUAUCUUCUGUCAUCUUCAGUUGACAAAACUGUCCGACUAUGGCAAGUGAAUAAUGACCGUUGCUUGAAGGUUUUCUCACACAGUAAUUAUGUGACGUGCAUACAAUUCAAUCCUGUGGAUGAUAACUAUUUCAUUAGUGGAUCUAUAGAUGGAAAAGUGCGCAUCUGGGCAAUUUCUGAUUGUCACGUUGUUGAUUGGAUUAGUAUCAAAGAUAUAGUGACUGCAGUAUGCUAUCGGCCUGAUGGGCAGGGAGGGAUCAUUGGCUCCUUGGCUGGCAAUUGUCGAUUUUACAAUGUAUCAGAGAAUCGCUUGCAGUUAGAUUCCCAACUAUGCUUAAUUGGUAAAAAGAAGCUUGUUGGCAGAGGGAUUACUGGGUUUCGGUUUCUUCCACAAGACUCUAACAAAGUUAUGGUCUCCUGUGCUGAUUCACAAGUCAGAAUCCUUGACGGCCUUAAUGUGAUUGGCAAGUACAAAAGCCUUAGCACAGGGAGCCCAAUAUGUGCAUCGUUUACUUCUGAUGGGAAACAUAUUCUAUCAGCAUGUGAGGACUCUAACGUAUACCUAUGGAAUGUUAGUGAGGAAGAGUCUUCUAAUCCUGUGAAAGCUAAGAAGAUUACAUCUUGUGAGCGGUUUUGCUCAAAUGCAUCUGUAGCAGUACCUUGGCAUGGUUUGAAAUCUAAAAAUAUUGAAAAUAAACAUCAGUUGAACUUGUUGGAUAAAGGAUCAUCUCAAGUUAUUCAACUUAAUCCACCUGCUUCCUUCUCUCUGAGCCAAGAGUUUGUUUUGGAGUCUUUUUCAAAGGGGUCUGCAACUUGGCCCGAGGAGAAGCUUCCUGUUUCAAGCUCAAAGGUGAAAACAUCACUGAUUCACCAAUCCGAAUACAAUUUCUUGAUGUCUUCUUGCAAGAGUACCUCAUCUGCUCAUGCGUGGGGUAUGGUCAUUGUCACUGCUGGCUGGGAUGGCAGGAUAAAAGCAUUCCACAAUUAUGGGCUACCUAUACCCGUUUGAAAUGAAGUGACUUUUCCUAUGUUGGAAAGUAGAAUCAAGAUUCAUUCAUAUUCCUAUCCUUGGACAUAUUGUCCUUGGAAAAAUCCAUGCAGCUCGGAGAUUUUAUGAACGAUGUUAAAUUUGGCAGUAUCGAGGUUGAGGUAAAAACCUUUAGCAGUAAUUGCAGUUCCAAUGAGUUGUGAACAUGGGCUUGUGGAGGGUCCCCUAUAAGAUUUCAGAGGAUUCAUAUUGCUCAUUGGUUCAUGACAAGCUGUGGCACUAUUGUGGUUGUAAUGGUCAAGUUUUAGC